UGCCAGUACGUCAGACAUUUGGUGUUGAAUAGCUUGGUUGUUCGGGUCGAUACAACUAUACGCUUCGUUUAUUCACUGACUGUACACCACCAACAGUCAUAGAUAUGUAACAUGGCCGCAAUGACAGACACACCUAUGCUACCGGUCCCGCUGUGGGAAUCCGAUGUUGUUAUUCCAUUGAAGGAUUUCUCCUCUAAGAGACCCGUUCCUGGAUUAGCGAAAGUGGUUAAAGGACAAUAUAUGAGUAUUGGUAUUUCUAAGUUUUCAUUACAUAAACAGCAUCAAGAAGUGUAUAUACAUUCAGUGAAAAUGGGAGUCAAAGUUCUUGCCCAUAGUUUAAGACGUGUGGAUGGUACAUCUAAACGAGGACAACCUAUAAUGAAAUUAGUGCCAAUGGAACAAAGACUAGCGAUCCCUAUUGCGUACCAAGGAUGGUUCGAAAUUGCUUCUGAAGAUGGAAAGUCAGCGAGACCCAUAGCAAGUGUGUUAGAAUUAGCGAGACUUUUCCCUCAAAGGUGUUUAGUGAGAGAAAGUAUAAGGGCUUAUUUAGCAAACGGCGAAGGAAAAUUAACGGCGUUUGAUAAAACUAAGAUAAUUCCAGCUGGAGAACAGUUAAAACUUUGUGGUGAUUUGUCGUUCCCAGCCCCGUCAGCAAACACUAAAGUCAAACUACUUCGUUGUGAAGACUCGAAAGGUGAUAGUGUCUACCUAAGCUACGAUCAAAAAGGUUUAUUUACUCCCAUAGCAGGAGCGAGAGAUGUGACUGGUGUAUUUUCAAUUAAAGAUAUCAUUCGCCGCUUCAGACUACCAUUAACAGUUAAACUAAUACAGGGUAUAAAACCCAAAGUUGACCCAAGUAGGUUUUCCACCUUAAUUAGACUCGACUGGGUGUAUACCGAUGAAACAGCAUUUAUGUCACCUUUGGAGAAAAAUCAUAUUAGGAUUUUACCGGUCCCCGCUGAUGCCCAGUUAUAUUUGACAUCAGCUGUUAAUCAUGAUGAGAUUAAAUCUAGUGAAGCCUACCGAAUGACUUUAAUUAAAUGCAAUAAAAUGGUAGCCAAUUAUCAUAAUACAAUACAUUUAUUGGUUAAUUUACCGGAAUCUGUGUUAAGAGGUAAGAAGGGCUCAAGCUCAAAUGUGUUUUCAAGUCCCCAAAAACUGUCUGAAGCUCCCCAGUCUAGCAUCAGGCGAUCCAAAAGUCGCGAAGAUAUGUUAAUGGACGAAAUCGAUACUCUUUAUCAGUAUGUGAGGGACGGUGGUCCUACGCCCAAAAUUAAACUGACUUACGACUCUGAUGAAGAGAGUUAUUGGGAAGAACCCGCUUAUGAACCUUUGGAUGAUUUUAGGGCUCGUGUAAGAGCUCUGGAAUCCGGACAAAAAGUGAGUUAUCAUGAUAAAUACCGUCCCACAGAUCCCAAAAAAAUAAACCUUGACGCGGAUCCAGAUAUCACUGCUAGUGGCAAUAUUUAUGGAGUGGUGACCACCAAUACGGGUUCUUCCAACAGUAACAGCAAUAAUUCAGACGAACCACCACCUCUCCCCCCAAGACCUUCUACUGGCACCGAAAAUGGCACCAUUCCAAAACAAACACCCCCUCCGCUACCACCGAGACAGUAUGUUAAGAAUUCCCCAGAUCAGCAUCUACAGCACAUGGAAUCCAUGAGAUCUUCGCGAUCUGGAGGAAAGAACAGCUCUACACCAUCCAAAGAGAGAAACAAACACACAGACUCCAACAGUAGUGGCAGUGGUGGUAUCAGGAACUAUCUAGGUAGAGAUUUUAAAGACUCUGAUCUAAGCUCCCGAACACGUGGUUCUAGGGAAUCAUAUACUGCCAGACAGCGGAUUAAAGUGUUAUAUUUAUAGAUUUAUAAUAAAUUUAAUUCCAUUUUAAAACCUCAAUGUGAUGUGAUAUAACUUAUUCAUCACCAACUCUCCUGUUAAUUUCUGGAAAUCCAAUGACUUUUCUCUGCGAUAAUCAAGGUUCGCUACUCAUGGAAUAUUCCAGUGUUAUUAAACAUUACUAGUCUACUUGGAUAUGACUACAUCCUGUGUCAACAAUCGUGCGAUAUUUCUCCUAUUGAAAUGCUAAAAUUCUUUUGAUGACUUCAACGUGAACUCAAGAAUAUAACAUAACAGUGAUUCUCAAUAAUAGGACUAAGCAUUACUUGAAGGAUAGACCACUCAGUUAACGGUGGUCUUAAUAUAUACAUGUUUAUACAAUCUGUGAUCAAAUAUAUACGUUUAAAUAUAGAUGUAUUAUUUAAGAAACAUGAAUUUGCAUAUAAAGCGUAUUUCUUGUAAA